AUAAUCAUUAUGGUCGGCCAACAAAUCAUCGGCAAUAUCAUGGAAAUUGUCGUCCCUUACUUGAAAAACAAAUUCCGAGACUGGAAGAACCGCAAGACACAAGCUUACUCUGCUGCUGAUGAACCACAGUGGGUGACAGAUUUCGAAUGUGAAAUGCAAACGAAAUUCUCGCUGUUCUGGCAGUAUCUUGAAAUAGUUCUUCAAUACGGUUUUGUUACGAUGUUUGUGGCUGCGUUUCCGCUCGCACCCUUUUUCGCCCUGGCUAACAAUUUGGUCGAAAUUCGUUUGGAUGGUGUGAACUUCAUUCACAACUUUAGAAGGCCUGCUGCCGAACGUGCUGAAGAUAUCGGUGCCUGGUACGGUAUCCUAGCAACGCUGACCACAUUCUCCACCAUCGUGAAUGCAUUCGUACUUGCAUUCACAUCCGAAUUGAUACCUCGGCUGGCUUACAAAUACUACUUCUCAGAAACAAACGAUUUGCAUGGCUUUACUAACUUCACCUUGUCUUACUUCAAAGUAUCUGAUUUUAAAAACGCAUCUCGCCCUGAUAAUGCUACUUUAAAUGGCUAUGCAAUACAAGACUAUUGCAGAUACCCCGGGUUUCGCGAAGAUACUUCUCCGUACAGGAGAAGCAAGGACUACUGGAUCAUUCUUGCUGCGCGAUUGUCUUUUAUCAUAGCAUUCCAGGCUUUCGUGUUGGCUGUCACGUUUGUUGUGGCGUACCUCAUUCCAGAUGUGCCGAAAACCUUGGAAUUGAAAGUGAAGCGUGAAAAUUUCAUCGCAUCAGAAGCAGAGAAAAACCACAAAGAGAAAUCUGGAAAGCGAAAGCCAAGACCAGAUGUGGAGAAAACUCACACGCAUCGUGAACCGGACGAUGGACCGGUUGACUCGGUUGGAGUUUAGAAUGAGCGUUUUUAGCGGCACGAUUUAAUGUUUUUUGAGUUAUUUCUUUUAAAAAAUUUGUACGUGUUUUCGUGAAUUAAGAAUGUAUAUAAAUUAAUUUUUGUCUCUGAACUUUUUUUACACAUUUUUAAUGUUUUGCUACACCUUUCUUAUUUGCUUUAUUUAUUUAUCACUACUUUUAUGUCAACUUCGUCUCCAGUGUCUGUAAACCUGCAAAUAUAUUCGUUUGUCUCUGAUAUUCAAGGUUGUCCAUCUUUUUUAUAUACACCGCAAAUCGAGAAUAUGAUUAACAUUUUCGCACGCCUUGUUUCGAGAGUAAGACUCGGUAUUUUUUUUAUUCUUCAGUGACAUAGUGUAUUUUUCAGUGACAUAGUGUAUUCUUCUAUUUUUGUUUGGCAAUAAGCCCUCCUUCGUUGGGUAUGUUUUUGUAGUGUUAUAAAUAUGAGAUUAGUUUAGUUGUGUUUGUCAGUUGUCAUUUCAGCCUUUUCAAUAUUGAUAGCUUCUUCGUCACGUUGUAAAACAUUUAUGAAGAAAAUGGAAUAGUUAACCACAAAAGUAAAUUGAAGCGGCUGUUGCUGGGCAACUUUUAUCAUUUCCAGCAUGUGCUUAGUGAUAGAUUAAAUAAAUGACUAUUUUUGUACGAAAUAAAUUUUAAAUGAGAGAAAAUACUCACGGGAGAAUAUCAACAA